CUGAUGCUGCUUUGUUAUCUCCUUUAAGCUCGGUAAACAUGGCAGCUUCUGGGCCAAUGACUCCUUUGCCUUCUGCAAAUGGUUUAAGGUUGUCUAAAAGUUUGUCUAGAAGUGCAAGCAAAUCAUCCAAGGUUUGGUUCUCUCCUUUUUUAUAAUGUUUUUUGAGCUAUGCUUUUGAUAAAUGAGAUUUGUUGGAGGAGUUAAAACUUUAGUAAUUUUUUUUUUCCUUUGGAUGGUUUCCAGUUUCUUGUUUUGGUUGGUGAGAAUGGAGAAGAAAAACAUUUAGUUAAACGAAUUUCUUUAUACCAAAUUACCAAGUUCUGUUUUGAUUUUUUUUUUUUUUGCAAUUUUCCUUUUUCUGUGUGUGUUUGUUUGCUUGUUGUAAAUUGUGGGGAUAGAGGGAUGAAGGAGAUAAAAAAUUAUUGAUCUUGGUUUUGUUAGUUUUGUGUUUGAGGUAUUUUGGAUAUUUUAGGCUUGUCUUAUUUAUUGCUUGGAAAAAGGACGAAAAUGAAGUUUUGGGGGUAUUAGGCUUUCUAUUGUUUAGCUACUAAAUUCUAAUGAUAAAUAAGGUUGAGGGGUUACAGUUGUAGUAUCUGUUUGGUUCCUCAGAAAAACAAAAAAGGGCUGGAAAGAAAAGGUUACGUAGUUUUUGGUAAUUGCUUUUGUAUUUAUUUGAAAAAAUAGAAAGCUAAAGGCAGCUAGCUAUGUUACCAUGAAUGGUAUGUGCUUGUCAUUGUUGUUAGUACCAUUUGCUGAGCUUGUGGUUAACUUAUUCAGGCUGAUGAUGCUGAUAUUUCCAGUUGAAUAAUAAAGAUCUCUACUUGGUUUAUGCUUUGCAACGUAAAUGAUUGCUGUAUCGGUUUAAAAUAUUUCUCUUUAUCAGUUGCCAGAAGAAAAAUCUAUCUGUUUCUCUUGCAGCUCCAAUUAUGUUUAUAGCUCAUGUAUUUUCCCUUCGAAAGUGAUAGGCAAACAUGUUCAAUAUGUUUGACGAAGAUGAAACAAGGAGGUGGCCAUGCAAUUUUCACGGCCGAGUGCUCUCAUUCUUUCCAUUUCCAUUGCAUUGCUUCAAAUGUGAAGCAUGGUAAUCAAAUUUGUCCGGUUUGUAGAGCAAAAUGGAAAGAAAUCCCCAUGCAGAGUCCUAGUUUGGAUCCUCCCCUUGGCAGGGCAGCCGUCAAUCCCGUUGGUUGGCCACAAAAUGAUGCUUUGAUGACCGUAGUCCGUCGAUUACCUCCACCUCGUAGAGAUUUAAGUCGGCGACAUGUUGUACCGUUAUUUCAGGCUCCUGAACCUGGUGUUUUCAAUGAUGAUGAAUCAUUGGAUCACCUACCUGUGGUUGCUGAGAGUACGAAUGCCUCAGAUAACUCAUCCCUUAGAACAAUAGAGAUCAAAACAUACCCAGAAGUUUUGGAGGCACCAAGGUCCAGUUCAUAUGAUAAUUUCACGAUUCUUCUUCAUCUUAAAGCUGCUGCCACAGUUGCAAAUCAAAGUUCCAGCCGAAAUCAUGCUAGCUUGCCACAACUGUAUCAAAACCCUCGUGCUCCUGUUGACCUAGUCACUGUGCUUGAUAUCAGUGGUAGCAUGGCUGGCACCAAGCUUGCAUUGUUAAAGCGGGCAAUGGGGUUUGUAAUACAAAACCUUGGCUCCAAUGACAGACUUUCAGUCAUUGCCUUCUCUUCAACAGCUCGUCGCCUCUUCCCCCUUCGUCGAAUGUCUGACGUGGGGCGGCAGCAGGCACUCCAUGCUGUUAACUCUCUGGUUGCAAAUGGUGGUACCAACAUAGCUGAAGGCCUGAAGAAAGGUGCCAAGGUAAUGGAAGACAGGAGGGAAAAGAAUCCAGUUGCCAGCAUAAUACUUUUAUCGGAUGGGCAAGAUACUUAUACUGUCACCGGUGCUGGUGCAAACAAGUCUCAACCAAAUUACCAGUUGCUUGUCCCUCUGUCUAUGCAUGGGAGUGAUAACACAGGAUUCCAGAUUCCAGUACAUGCUUUUGGUUUUGGUGCAGAUCAUGAUGCUUCAUCAAUGCAUUCAAUUUCAGAGAUCUCGGGAGGGACAUUUUCUUUUAUUGAAACUGAAGCUGUACUCCAGGAUGCAUUUGCGCAAUGCAUUGGUGGUCUUUUAAGUGUUGUAGUUCAAGAGCUGCAAGUGGGUGUGGAGUGCAUGAAUCCAAGUCUUUGCCUUGGCCCGCUUAAAGCAGGCAGUUAUCCAAGCCGAGUAGCAGCUGAUGGAAAAACUGGAGUUAUUGAGGUUGGAGAUCUCUAUGCUGAUGAAGAGAGGGAUUUUUUGGUGUCGGUUAAAGUACCAGCUGAGUCUUCUGAAUGUGAAACCUCGUUGCUAAAGGUGAAAUGUGUUUAUAGGGAUCCCUUAACUAAAGAAAUGACCACUUUGGAGAGUGACGAUGUUAGGAUUCAAAGGCCUGAAGUAGCUGGGCAGGAAGUAGUGUCAAUUGAAGUAGACAGGCAACGCAACAGGUUCCAAGCAGCUGAGGCAAUGGCAGAGGCGAGAACGACAGCUGAACUAGGAGAUCUACCAGGUGCUGUUUCAAUCCUUGAAAAUUGUAGAAGGGUGCUCUCCGAGACUGUUUCAGCCAAAUCUCAUGACCGACUUUGUAUUGUGUUGGAUGCUGAACUCAAGGAGAUGCAAGAGAGGAUGGCAAGCAGACAUGUGUACGAGGCAUCUGGGAGAGCAUAUAUCCUCUCAGGACUGAGCUCACACUCAUGGCAAAGAGCAACUGCAAGAGGUGACUCCACUGAUGGUUCAAGUCUGGUUCAAGCUUAUCAAACUCCAUCAAUGGUUGAGAUGCUUACUCGAUCUCAAGCAAUGUUACUAGGUAGUCCAUCAACUCAAAGGCUUGUCCAACCAGUAUGGUCACUUGGAUCACAACCAAAGCCAAGGUAAUAGUUUCCCGUAGCUGUUUUCCCUGUAUUUUGCGAAAUUUUGUUUGGGGAGGUGAUUUUGUGGAAGGAUUAAGAGUAUUACAUGUGUAAAUGAAUAAAAAAUAUAUGGGAAGAAGGCAAAAGAACAUAUUUUGGGAGUAAAAAAGGAGAAUAGGUAGGGUUUACACCAUUUUGUAUUUUUCUGUGUUGUUGGGGGGGGUGUAUAUAAAGAGAAAUGGCUUUUUCUCUCUGGGAAAAUCGGGGGUUGUGUUUGUUUUUUGUUGAAACGAUUGUGGUGAGCUUUCACCUAAUAUAUAAUUACCUGCAUCAUUUUGUUUUAGCAAAA